AUGGAUACUUACCGAUACGACGAUUGUUCAUACGUUUGGAACAUUCCCACUGAAGAUCGUUGUAGAUGGGUGAAAGAAACCAAAGAUUGUUUCACGGAUUCCGUAAUUCAAUAUACGGAAAUCCUUUUUUGCUCCUUUGGUUCGGAGAACACGUUUUUAUUCACUAUAGGACUGACGAUAAUGGUCAUAUGGCUUUUAUAUCUGUUUUUAAUUUUAGGAACUACAGCGGACAAUUUCUUCUGCCCGUCACUGGCGGUGAUAGCCAGUGUUUUGCAGCUGUCGGACAAUAUAGCCGGGGUGACGAUAUUGGCAUUCGGAAACGGUGCUCCUGACAUCUUCACGUCCCUCGUAUCGGGUACCGACGAAGGGAUAAUAAUGUUCACGGAAUUAAUCGGCGCCGGUGUCUUCGUGACGGCGAUUAUCGCCGGCUCUGUUGCGGUAGUCAAGCCCUUUCGAGUCCUGUUGAAACCCUUGAUGAGAGACGCAUGCUUUUACAUCGUUACGGUAUGCUGGAUCAGCUACGUCAUAAAAGAUGGCACGGUUCACCUUUGGGAAGCUAUCAGCUUUGUUCUUUGCUACCUAUUGUUCAUCAGCCUGGUGGUGAUAAUGCAGAUAUACGAGAACCGGGAGGAGAGGCUAAAAAGCAGGAUCCCAAGCGUACCCGAUCCAGAUAUCCUGCGCACUUACUUGGCGAACAAGGACAAGGACAUCAUUCCCAGGAUUCCCGUAAAGGGUCGUGCCGUUAGGUUGCGAACUAAGAUGGAUAUUGCAAUUGCGGUCGAGCUGGGGAAAGAACAGAGGCAAAACAGAACAACACUGCCAGAAGAGAUGGUGGUAGAAGACGUCGACAGGCCAAAGGGACUUUUCAAGGAAUUUCUCUAUGACAUUAAUCCGAUAGGAGAAGAAGAUUGGACAAGUGCAAAUCGACUCGUUAAAUUUAUUUUAAUCAUACGUUCGCCCGUCAUGCUUCUUCUUCAAUUAUUUAUUCCGCUUGUGAACAUGACUACGGUAAAGAGAGGUUGGACCAAGUUGCUAAAUUGCUUCCAGCUGUGUGUGACACCGACGUUGUCGUUGUUUCUAUUAAACGUUAAAAAUAUCUUCGGUCAGCUAUCACGACUGCCAUCUCAUUUUCACCCUCGUUCCGUAGUUUGGAAAACACAUUUUGGCCCGGUUUCAGUGGUGCCAAUAUUCCUGGUGGUCGGUACCGUAAUUGGUGUAAUUGUAUUUCUAAUGACCCACGUGGAUCGCGUACCAAAGUUUCAUAACGCUUUUGCAUUUUUCGGAUUCUUGGCUGCUAUGCUGACGGUAUAUUUGGUAGCCGGGGAGGUGAUGGCAGUCCUCCAAUGCGUAGGAUACGCUUUCAGUAUAUCGGACGCCAUGCUCGGUAUUACGUUCCUCGCGUGGGGAAACAGCGUAGGUGGUGAGUGCAACAAUAUUAUUGUAAAAUAAUUCGUGCGUUGAAUUGCCUCUAGCUUCCCUGUUGUUCGACAUGGUCAACU